AUGUCGGCUACUCAGACUCUGCCUAGCUUGGCGGCCAACUCGCAGAACAAGUACGGUGACUGGCGGGACGACUUCUUCAAGAACGGUUAUUAUAUCUUCAAGGGCGCCAUUUCCAAGGAGAAGGCCACUGAAUACUACUACAAGAAGACUCUCGAGUGGUUACAGUCAUUUGACAACGGUUUCGACAUCAACAACAAGGAGACAUGGACAAAGGAGCAUCUUCCUCAGAGCUUCAAGAACAUGUACAUCAACUACUGUGCCGCGCAGGAGAAGUUCAUGUGGGAUGCCCGCACUGAGCCUAAUGUCAUCAAACCUUUCUCCGAGCUGUGGGGUACUGACGAACUGAUCGUAUCUUUCGAUGCCUUCAAUGUCUCUCUUCCUGGUCGCAAGGAUGAGGACUUCCGUCCCUGGCCUCACACCGAUCAGGCUCCUGAGCGUAAGGGUCUUGCCUGCGUUCAGGGUCUGCUGAAUUUAACCCCCGCCGGUCCCAAGGACGGUGGUCUUUUGCUCACAACCGGCUCCUCCGCCCUCUUCGAAGAAUACUUCGAAAAUCAUCCUAUCCGGCCACGCAUCAGCAAUGACGCCAAGCAUUACGACCUGUACCUCUACCAGCAAGAGGACAUCGAGUGGUUCAAGUCCAAGGGCUGCCGGGAAAUCAAAGUCGAGGCAGAGCCUGGUGACCUGGUCCUUUGGGACUCCCGUACCAUUCACCACGUUGCCAAGAUCGAUACUGAGCAGAUUCGAAGCGUCAUCUAUGUCUGCAUGACGCCAAGAGCCCUAGCUACGCCAGAGGACUUAGCUUUGAAGAAGGACAUUUUUGAGAAGUAUGAGGCCACGACCCAUUGGCCCCACUGCAACAUCUGGCGCCAGGGCAAAGCGAUGAUUGAUGGAAAGGUGGAUCCUCUCGAGCGGGACGAGCCCCUGGAGAAGCCGGUCAUCACAGAUCAGGUCCUACGCCUCGCUGGUAUCAAGCCAUACAAUGAGUGA